AACUGGGAUACAUUCGGGUUCGAGUGCUGGGUGCCUUCUCUAGGAUAAAACAUACACCACCUCUUAACUGACAGCUCCACGAGAUUUUUGAUAUCUUCAUAUAAACAUUCCGCCUUCUUAAGCUCCAUUUCUGAAGGAUUCUGUCCAGUUGAAUGCAUGCAGGGUAUGACGACUAAUUUUAAAGCAAGCAAAGCUUUAAAGGUUAAGAAGGAGGCGGGGGAGAAUGCUCCGGCCCUCAGCGAUGACGAGCUGGUGGCCAUGUCAGUACGCGAGCUCAACCAGCACCUGCGCGGGCUGACCAAGGAGGACGUGGUGCGGCUGAAGCAGCGACGGCGCACGCUGAAGAACCGCGGCUACGCCGCCAGCUGCCGCAUCAAGCGCGUCACGCAGAAGGAGGAGCUGGAGAGGCAGAAGACGGAGCUGCAGCAGGAGGUGGACAAGCUGGCCCGCGAGAACGCCAGCAUGAAGCUGGAGCUGGACGCCCUGCGGGCCAAGUACGAGGCCCUGCAGUGCUUCGCCCGGACUGUCACCUGUGGGCCGCUCGCCUCCGGCAAAGUGGCCACCACCAGUGUCAUCACCAUCGUCAAGUCUGCCAGUCACAGCCCCAGCUCCGCCCCUUUCUCCGCCCCUUCCUAGUGCUGUCAAGGCAGGACUCGCUGCAAAGCAGGCAGGCCCGCCCCCUGUCCAGCCCCACCCCGAAAUGAGAGGGAGCUCAGAGAUUGAGGCUGUGUUGGGGGGGCGGUUCUGUCCCACAGUCCUGUGUUGAGGCUGAUUCUGCCAUGACCUGAGCUCACCACCCCCUCUCCUGUAUACUCUACAUUGUCUGUGCACUGUGCGACAUCCCCAGCACCGGCAGGGCAAAGCUGUUUAUUUCUCAUGACCUUCCAACCCAAACAGAGACUUUGCAGAGUCGAGCACUUACUAAAGUGUGCACAAAUAUGUUGCAUGAUCCGAGGCAACCGCACUGGUCUGAGACAGGUCUGAUACUUGUGAUAUCUAAUCUUUACUUAAGACAUGAAAAUAAUAUAUAUUGUUAAACAAAUAAAAUAUUGUAAUUCUGAUAAUACUUGUGACAGUAAUACUAUUGACAAGAGUAAUUUAAAUACAAAACAGCACUAUGCUGUUGUGGAAAUCUACAAUUAAGUUGCUCAUAUGGGAAAAAAAAAAACGCUAACCUGAACUUAAGCACCCCAUGCUGACAGCAUACUUAAAUGAGACACACCAACAAGGCACUGCAGGGCCCUUAUUGUUUGGAGUGUUAACGCUGAUCUCAACAGAGCUCAUUA